CAUACCCCCACCACGUCCUCCGCACCUCUAUACCUAUCUACACUCAACGGUCAGAGUGAGAGUGUCCAUCCCUGACCAAUCUACAUGCUAUUACAAAUAUUUUGUACCGCCAAAAUUUGUAUUGAAAUGUCUGACAUUAAAACUGUCAUUGCGCUAUUAUGCAAACAUUUAGAUACAGCUGCUAAUGUUGCGCUUAAACCAGAACAUUUCAGACUAUCUAAAUUUGACAAAAAAUCAGAUGACACUGUCAGAGCGUUAUGGAAUGCAUUAUAUACCUUGAGUUGUUACGCUUUGGAUGAAGAUCAGGAAAAUGUCAAAUUCGAUAUUUGUAUUGCAGAUAAAUUUACAACAGUGAAAUUAAACUUUGCUUACUUACAAUACACUGCAGUAAACUUUUAUUCCCUGCUUCCAUCGGAUGACUGCAGUUCUAGAGAACUAAUCUUGGCCUUUGCUUGGCUGCUUGGAGCUCACAGCGUUUUGAAAGACAUAGUUAGAAAGAAAAUUGCUAGCAGUAACUUAGGGAGAGAAUAUUCUUCUGUUGAUAUAUCAGAACAGGAUGUUUCUGAAAGUGAACACUUACCAUCUUUAAAUGCCCAAAUAAAUAAUAUUAUGCACAUCAGUGGUAAAAUAAAUCACAAUAUGAAAGGAAUCACAGAACUAGUCAAUGAAAAAAUUAAGUUGACUGCAAAAGUCCAUGCAACCAGCAUAAAUGCAAGUGGUUUACCACAUUUAAGUGUGUCGGAAAUGGCAUUAACAAAGCGAUUGUCUGUACAGAAUAAGGACACCCCAUUAAAAGAUGAACAAAUAUUGCACGAAUUACAUAAUUUAGCAGUAAUGCUUGAUACGCAUGCAAAAUGGAAUAAAAAAAAACAUAUAUUCUUUGAUUGGAUGAUAACUGUAAUUGAUGAGCAUAAGAAAUGUAGAGCCAGUGAAUUCACACAGGACAAUCAAAAUGAAUUAAUAAAAUUUAUUUGUUUGCUACGUCAAUUAACAAAGUGCAAUUUGCGAAAUCUAAAACGUACAAGUAUUUCAACCAAGAAAUCAAAUAUCGAUUGGCAAUAUGCUUCUCGUUAUUUACGAACUAUGCAUAACGCUACAGAAACUGAAGAUUGGAUGUUAGAAACAAAAGCACAUUUAGAACAGACAGAAACUGAACUGGAAGAAAAGAAGAAAAUAUUGACGAAUCAAUUAAACGAACUGUUAAGUGCUAUUCCAAAUUGUAUUGAAGCAUAAUCGAUUAAACAUUCAUAAAAAUAGAAAUAA